CCCGGCAACGCCUUGAAGGCUGCUCUGAUCAUCAACAUCCAGGUGGCGGUGGCAACGCGCGGACACAUCAAGGACCUGGUGUCAAGUGCCGACGUCAGGAAUGCUCAACUGGUGCUUUUAAGCGCCGUGUAUUUCAAGGGCACUUGGCUUUAUGGCUUCAAGAAGCACGGUCGCUCCAUGGCUGGCCUGACCCUGAUGCGGAAGUCUCUCGACGGCCUGAACGUGACCCGGCUACACAGCGCCUGGCUGGCGCCACUCCUGCUGCUGGCCACGCUGGGAGGCGCCUGUGUGCCCACUGGCCUGGACAUGAAGCUGCUCAAGGAGGUGACGUCGGGUCCGGUGGACAACCAUGUGAUCUCGCCGUUCCUGAUGUCGCUGCUGAUGUCGCAGGUCUGGCUGGGCGCCGAAGGCACCACCAGAGCUGAGAUGACGCCUGUGCUGGGGAUAUCCGGUCCAAACGACAGAUCCUUCCUCGACGGCUACCGCUCGGCCUUGGCGGUCUUGUCGGAGAACAUCGACGGCGUCACGACGUCAGUGUUCAGCAGGAUCUAUCGCACGCGCAGGUACAGCGUGCGCCGCACCUUCAGCGACCUGCUGGCGAACUUCUACGGGUCUGGAGUGGAGUUGUUGCCCAGCGACGCCAGGAAGGCCGCCCAGGUCAUCAACAACCAGGUGUCGGCGGCAACGCGAGGACGCAUCAGGGGCCUGGAGACAACUGCCGACCUCACCUCCGCUGCACUGGUGCUCAUCAGCGCUGUGCAUUUCAAGGGCACUUGGCUUUAUCGCUUCAAGAAGGACGGGCAGAAGCCGUUCUUGACGUCCGAUGGUGAUCGGAGGAUAGACAUGAUGAAGGUGGAAGCGAGGCUUGGCAUUGCCGGCCAGCCAAACUUUGAUGUAGUGGAGUUGCCGUACCAAAACCAAGAUUAUAGCUUGCUGGUGCUGCGCCCGCGCUUUCGAACCCUGUUUGCCGUGACCAUGAUCCGCAAGUCUCUGGACAGCCUGAACGUGACCUGGCUACACAGCCAGCUGCAUCAGACGAAGGUACGUGUAGUGAUGCCAUCCUUCAAGCUCGAGCGUAGCUAUGAGCUGCCCUUCUACAUGAAGAAACUGGGCAUCAGGCAGAUUUUCCACCAGGCGGCAAAUUUCCGCGGCAUGUCGUCGGACAAAAUCUUUGUCAGCAAAAUCAUCCACAAGGCGGUGAUGGAGGUCAAUGAGGAGGGUACAACGGCUAAGGCGACGGCGGUGUUCUCAAUCGCAAGGGCUUUGCCUAUCACCGUACCCUUCAUUGUAGACAGGCCAUUUUACGUCAUCCUCUACCACAAGCGUGAAAGAGUCACCUUGUUUGCGGGACUGGUGGCCAAUCCUUGAGGGUACAGCAUGAUCACUGGGUUUGCUUUUGUGCCAUGUGCA